UCUGUCACUUAUCAGUCUUUGAUUUCAUUCACUCAUUUCAGAGAUCAUUAGUGAAGAUCAGACCCAGGGAAUGAGCGGAGGGUGAAACAAUGAGAUGGAGAGAACGAGGAGUCUCAAGCAUAUUAGCUGCUACUUAAACAUAAUCUGGGUGAAAGACUCCUCCCUGCUAUUGCACCGAGAAGCCAUUGUCGGCACCUCUUUUACCAUUUCACUAGUACUAAUGGUGGGAUAAGACCAAUUCAAAGAGAGUGGAUUGUAACGGGAAUCAUCUAUCCAUCAAUUUGAUUAAAUACAGCUUUGCAAGCAAGUUUCGGUGAUUGCAUUAGAGUAAUCACUUAUUGUACUGCUGUCCAUCUUGUGCUUGGAUUUUUCAAAUUGCAAUUUCUAAUGACCUGGACUGGAUUCCCUGAUGGAUAAACUUUAGAACAACAGUUUCAAUUUCAUCCAUAGCCAUUCACACAGCCCAUGGCUGCAUAACAGACUGUUUUGAAAAACAAUUUUUUUUUUUAAAUAACUGCAAUACAACAGAAUGCAGAAGCAGGUGGAGAUCAGAAUGCAUGAGAGUCAUUUGGACCCUCCUCCAGAAAGUGAGAAAUCCACGUGUGGAGGAAUCUGUGACAAAUUCAUAAAGAACUUGCUACUAACACUCACAAUUCUUGGAGUGAUUACAGGCUCAGUAGCUGGUAUUUUACUGCGGUAUGCAUCUCCACUCCCCGCUGAUAUCAUUAUGAUCAUUGCCUUUCCUGGUGAUAUUCUUAUGAGGAUGUUAAAAAUGGUGAUUUUGCCUCUAAUCAUCUCAAGUUUGAUCACAGGAUUAGCAGGGUUGGAUGCAAAGUCUAGUGGUCGUCUGGGAACAAGGGCCAUGGUGUACUACAUGUCUACCACUAUCAUCGCAGCCGUGUUGGGGGUGAUCUUGGUUCUGCUUAUCCACCCUGGAAACCCCAAACUAAAGGCAAACCUGGGAGAAGGGAAAAAGAACGACGAGGUGUCCAGUUUAGAUGCCUUCUUCGAUCUCAUCAGAAAUCUGUUUCCGGAGAAUCUCGUUCAGGCUUGCUUUCAGCAGAUCCAGACGGUUACUAAUAAGGUAGACAUUACUCCUCCACAUCCAACUCGGUUUGGGCGAAAUGCCACCAAGGGUGCAGCAAAAUAUGUGAUCAAGAAAUCUUUACAAUUCAAGGGCGGCAUGAAUGUCUUGGGUCUCAUUGGGUUCUUUGUGGCAUUUGGGAUUUGCAUGGGAAAGAUGGGAGAAAGAGCCAAGCUGAUGCUUGACUUCUUCAACGUCCUCAAUGAAAUUGUUAUGAAGCUUGUCGGCAUGAUCAUGUGGUAUUCCCCCGUUGGUAUUGCAUGUCUUAUCUGCGGAAAGAUUAUUUCCAUUAAUGAUCUGGAGGUGGUUGCCAAGCAGCUGGGAAUGUACAUGGUCACUGUCAUCAUUGGACUUAUCAUUCACGGUGGCAUUUUCCUACCAUUAAUAUAUUUUGUAAUUGUUCGGAAAAACCCGUUUUCGUUCUUUAUUGGAAUUUUCCAGGCCUGGGUCACUGCUUUAGGAACCGCGUCUAGUGCUGGGACAUUACCUGUAACUUUUCGCUGUCUGGAGGAAAACCUUGGAAUUGACAAAAGAGUAACUCGAUUUGUACUACCUGUUGGCGCAACAAUCAACAUGGACGGUACCGCGCUUUACGAGGCCGUGGCGGCCAUCUUUAUUGCCCAGAUGAAUGGAAUAGAGCUUGAUCCGGGACAGAUUGUCACCGUCAGUCUUACAGCUACCCUUGCGAGUGUAGGAGCAGCCAGUAUUCCCAGUGCUGGCCUGGUGACUAUGCUACUAAUCUUGACUGCUGUGGGACUACCAACUGAAGACAUCAGUUUGCUAGUGGCAGUUGACUGGUUACUGGAUCGGUUUCGAACAUCAGUCAAUGUUGUCGGUGAUUCAUACGGGGCUGGGAUUGUGUAUCACCUCUCCAAAGAUGAACUCGACAUGUUCGAUGCCCAGCAGUUGAGGGCAGAUGACUUUGAGAUGGCCAAGACACAAUCCUUUUUUGAGAAUAACACUAACCAUGGUGUAUAUGCAUCACACAACUCCUAUCAGCAGGUCCCAGUAGAUGACUGCAAGUCUUUCAGCAUUCUUUAAGGAAUCCCGCUGAAGCUUUUUUGUUGAUCUGUCUUGUGGUGGGUACAUUUCUGUGAAUUUGGAUAUAAAUUGUGCUGUUAAAUAUAAAAAAAAAAACUUGGACUCUCUGCUCCAAACCAUAAACAGUUUAGUUAGGACCGAACGCUUUGAUGCAUUAUAACUGUGCCUUGGUCCAACAGUUAGUUGUCCCUAAUAAUUGCUUUCAGGUAACCCUGACCUCAAAUGGCUCGCCUGUCGAGUUCUCACUUGUUGAGGAGGAACCAUGGAUACGCGAGUAACACAGCACACAGAUCCAGCUCCGCCUUAUCCUGACUCCCACGAGCUUAUCCUUUGGGUGAAAACCAAAUGCAAAUAUUAUACUAAAAUUCAAAUUAAGGGCAGUCAGACGUUACCACAAAACUUUCAAACGCACAAGCACUGACAUUUGUAUUAAAAUCUCACAAAGGGAAUUUAGAUUGGAGCAGUUCUCUUGGUGGUUUAGCUGGAGUAGGAUUAAAAAUGGGCAGAAGGGGUCUCGGCAUGAAAGCACAUUAUUACUGGGUCUUGGGUUCGAUGAUCAGUCUGAAACCUUUUGCCUUAAGGCCUCUGCAAAACAUGAAAGAUCAGAAUGGCUUACUGUAUUCAGCCUGAGACCCCAGAUAGACUUUACUUACUUGACUCUAUACUAUAGACCGCUUGUGGAAGACGAAGAGAAGUGCAGUUUGUUUGCUCAAGACACUUUGACUGGAUUAACCCCUUGAUGGCAUCACUCCAGAUCAGCCACUUAUAAGAGCUUACCAAAGUACUUAGAGGUUCUGAAAUAGUGGUUUUACUUCAAAUGCUGGCAUUUAUUUUUAAACGCUGUUGGACGUAAAUUCAACGUCAGCACUAACACAAUGUGGAGUGUAUGACAUUGAGGUUGUUGUUUAUCUGCAGGGACAGUCGGUUUAUAUACAGUAGAACCUCUUGGGGCUAUACAUUUCUAUGCAAAUCUAUAAAAUACAGGCAGGUUUGUCAUUUAUAUAUUUAUAGGUGUACAUGCAUGUCAGAGCACAUCUAAUCAUUUUCAAGGGAACUGUGUUUGUGUUUGAAAGAAGGAACUUUUUGUAUACGUUAUAAUU